AGGGCCGGCCCUCGGCCCUCAACCUCCUUUUCCCCACAUGCCUGGGAAGCUGGGGGCAACAUGGACCUUCCUCUUGACAUCAGCUGAGCCUGAAGACUCAUCCCUGGGAGGCCAUGGAGAGGGACAGCGCCAGGAACGCUUCCCCGGCAAGGACACCCCCAGCCCGGGCUUCUCCAGCAAGGACGUCUCCUGCGCGGGCUCCAUCCAGGUCGUCAUCCGGAGGGUCAUCAUCGGCCAGGUCAGCCUCCACGACGUCCUCUCCAACAAGAGUGUGUCUUGUCAGAGCGACACCAGUGGGGGCUGUCCCAGUCCGGGCAUCUCCUGCCAGGUCAGCGCCAGCCACCAGGGCCAGCGGGGAGAGCCCAGGUCUCGGCUUGCCCAAGUUCUCCUGGCAGGAGAGCCAGAAGCAGCUGCCGCUCAUCGGGUGUGUCCUCCUCCUCAUCGCCCUCGUGGUCGCGCUCAUUCUUCUCUAUGGGGGACGAGAGCCCCAGAGUCCGAGAGGGAUUGCAGUCUACUUCUGGCGGGGCCACACGGGAAUCAAGUACAAGGAGCCCGUGGAGAGCUGCCCCAAGCACGCAGUUCGCUGUGAUGGGGUGGUGGACUGCAAGCUGAAGAGUGAUGAGCUAGGCUGUGUGAGGUUUGACUGGGACCAGUCUCUGCUGAAAGUCUACUCUGGGUCCUCUCAUGAGUGGCUUCCCGUCUGCAGCAGCAGCUGGAACGACUCCGACUCAGAGAGGACCUGCCGGCAGCUGGGAUUUGAAAGUGCUUACCGGACAACCGAGGUGGCCCACAGGGAUUUUGCCAGCAGUUUCUCAAUCUCUGAGUACAACUCCACCAUCCAGGAGAGCCUCCGCAGGUCUGAGUGCCCUUCCCAGCAGUACGUCUCUCUCCAGUGUUCCCACUGCGGUCUAAGAGCCAUAACCGGGAGGAUCGUGGGAGGGACGCUGACCUCAGAGAACAAGUGGCCUUGGCAAGUCAGUCUUCACUACGGCAACACCCACAUCUGCGGAGGCACACUCAUCGACGCCCAGUGGGUGCUCACCGCUGCCCACUGCUUCUUUGUGACCCGGGAGAAGAUCCUGGAUGGCUGGAAGGUGUAUGCGGGGACUCACAACCUGCACCAGCUGCCUGAGGCAGCCUCCAUCUCCCAGAUCAUCAUCAAUGGCAACUACACGGAUGAGCAGGAUGACUACGACAUUGCACUCGUGCGGCUCUCCAAGCCCCUGACCCUGUCCAGUCAUAUCCACCCUGCCUGCCUCCCCAUGUAUGGACAGACCUUCAGCCUCAACGAGACCUGCUGGAUUACGGGCUUUGGCAAGACCAAAGAGACAGAUGAGAAGACAUCCCCGUUCCUCAGGGAGGUGCAAGUGAGCCUUAUUGACUUUAAGAAAUGCAAUGACUACUCAGUGUACGACAGCUACCUUACCCCACGGAUGAUGUGUGCUGGGGACCUUCGCGGAGGCAGAGACUCUUGCCAGGGAGACAGCGGGGGGCCUCUUGUCUGUGAGCAGAACAACCGCUGGUAUCUGGCAGGUGUCACCAGCUGGGGCACAGGCUGUGGCCAGAGAAACAAACCGGGUGUGUACACGAAAGUGACAGAAGUCCUCCCCUGGAUUUACAGCAAGAUGGAGAGUGAGGUGCGCUUCCGGAAGUCCUAACCAGCUCCACCUGACGGCAUGAGCUGCUUUGAAGACUCUGGCCAAAGGCAUUGUGCCAUGUCAAUAUCUGGGCUAAUGGUCACCAGGCACCUUCGUUAAUCCCACCUCCACUGUCUGCUGCCUCUUUGAGUGUGUGUGUGUGUGUGUGUGUGUGUGCGGCUGUUCUUCCAAGUUCUUCAGAAACCAGGAGAGCUGCCAACUCUUCUUGGAAUCUCAGGCUGGAAGUCUUCUGGAGAUGUGAAUUUGGACUCUGUGGAUGUUCCCAUGGGGAGCCCACAGAUGGACAGAGGAGGCAAAGCCAGCACAGAGCCUGGGGAAGGGCCUGGAAAGUGACAUCAGGAAUUCUUGCUUCUCUAACCCUGACUAGGAAAACUAGCCCAGAGUGGGCAGAUACCCAGCAUCCCAAGUGAUACUAUUGCUGUCCUGGGACAGAAAAUGAUUUUGUUGGGAGUGCCAGCCUUUCCAUGCCUGGACCAUCCUCAGCAGAAAGCCAGUUCCAUUGGCAUCACGAGCAUGGCACUCUCGCUCAGGCUCCUGCACUGUGGAUUCCCGGAGUUGAACUACGCUGUCCAGGCUGAUGACUGUGGCUCGGGCACACCGUAUUUGUUUGGUCACAAGCUAUUGGGGCAGAUUUUAUUUUAUUUUUAUAUUUAAGAAAUAGAAAUAGAUGUAUUUUUAAAGAUUCUCCAGAAGUUCCUGGGGCCUUGGGAGUUAUAACUCCAGGGGACUCAUGGGAGUUGUACCACUACUCUCUGUUCUGGCUUCAAGGAACUGGGUGAAGGACCCUGCUGGACAUCUCCAAGGCUACAGUGACUGGAGCCCCUUUGAGAUACUCAGGGAAGCAAAUCCUCAUUUGGGCUGGCAGGAAAAUCCAACACGAAGAGAACCACAAACUGUUCCUGCCUCCGGGGCUACAGCCAAGGCAUGAAGAAAUGAAGACGUGGGUGUUGCUCCUCUUUAGCCCCAGGAGCCCCAGGGAAGUUCACGUGGGCAGCAUCCCUCCUGUCCAGGACUAUCCUGGAACUAUGAGGAUUUGUUCUCAGCUUUCUCAAUCUUUCAGUUCCUUGUUGUUCCAGAAACAUGGAACUUACUUGAAAAUGGCCAUGGAGAGAAAGGGAACAUGGCCCCCAGGCCCUCCAAACAGCGUCCCUGGGGGAUCUGAGCAGGCCCUGCUCCUGCAGGCCAUCAGUGCAGCUAGCCUCCUUCCAACUGAAGGCCUGGGGCUUCCCCGAGCUUUUCUCUGGGGUACUUCCCUCCUGGGGCCAUCUGAGGGCCCUGUGGUGCUGUGAUCUUCAGAGGCAGGUCAAGCAGAUCAGCCCAGCCCAGUCCAGGCAGGCAGCCACCCAGGGAAGAGACAACCCUGGAAGGACAGGCUGGCGGUGGCCAGAAUCUGAUGAGGCUGGGUACAUCGGGGACUGUUAUCAAGACUGGAGACAAGGGAAGCGCCCAGCAAUAAAAGUUGUGUGACCUGCA